AAAGAGAGAGAGAGAGAGAAGGAGAGAGAGAGUGCACAGGCUGCCCAGAGCCCAGUGAGAGAUAGCUGUGCAGCCGGGAUGCCCUGGUCAGGCUGCUCCACUCUGCUCCCAUGGCUGCUCAUUGCCAAGAUGCUACUUCUGGGACAGGGGCAACAGAACUUUCUAGAUUAUGGAUAUGAUGAGGAGGCAGAGGGACUGCUGGAAGAAAACAUUGAUUACAAGGACCCCUGCAAAGCUGCUGCCUUCUGGGGGGACAUCGCUUUGGACGAGGAGGAUCUGGCUAAUUUCAAGGUGAAUCGGAUCAUUCAUUUAGGAAGACGCUCAAACUCUUCAGUCUCACGUUCUACACAGGAUGGCUCUACACGCCACCAGGGAAGGCAAGGUCAGACAGUCAGAAUUGUCUCCCGUGGGAAGCGAGCAGCGACCUCUCGGCCUGAACGAGUGUGGCCAGAUGGAGUUAUACCUUAUGUCAUCAGUGGAAACUUUAGUGGCAGCCAGAGAGCAAUAUUUCGUCAAGCCAUGCGACACUGGGAGAAGCACACGUGCGUCACCUUCCUGGAAAGGACAGAUGAGGACAGUUACAUUGUGUUCACUUAUAGGCCAUGCGGAUGCUGUUCAUAUGUUGGGCGACGUGGGGGUGGCCCUCAAGCCAUCUCUAUUGGAAAGAACUGUGACAAAUUUGGGAUUGUGGUUCACGAGUUGGGUCAUGUCAUUGGAUUUUGGCAUGAACAUACACGACCAGACCGAGAUGACCACGUGGCCAUCAUGAGAGAAAAUAUCCAACCAGGGCAGGAGUAUAACUUUUUGAAAAUGGAGCCAGAGGAAGUGGAAUCUCUUGGAGAAACAUAUGAUUUCGACAGCAUCAUGCACUAUGCGCGCAACACUUUUUCAAGGGGCAUUUUCCUGGACACAAUUGUGCCAAAAUAUGAUGUCAAUGGAGUAAGACCUCCAAUAGGGCAGAGGACGCGGCUCAGCUCUGGAGAUAUUGCCCAAGCCCGAAAGCUGUACAAAUGCCCAGCCUGCGGGGAGACACUUCAAGACAGUCAAGGGAAUUUCUCAUCUCCUGGAUUCCCCAAUGGAUAUUCUGCAUACGUGCACUGUGUGUGGAGAUUGUCUGUCACUCCUGGAGAGAAGAUAAUGCUGAAUUUUACCUCUUUGGAUGUGUACCGUAGCCGCCUCUGCUGGUAUGACUACGUUGAGGUCAGGGAUGGUUUCUGGAAAAAAGCUCCACUUAGAGGUCGCUAUUGUGGCGAUAAAAUUCCUGAACCCAUCAUAUCCACAGAGAGCAGACUAUGGAUUGAGUUCCGGAGCAGCAGUAACUGGGUGGGGAAGGGAUUCCAAGCUGUUUAUGAAGCUCUUUGUGGUGGAGAGGUAAAGAAAGAUGCUGGUCAUAUCCAGUCCCCCAACUACCCAGAUGAUUACAGACCUAACAAGGCCUGUGUGUGGAGGUUGAGUGUGGCUGAGGGUUUCCAUGUAGGUGUCUCAUUCCAGUCCUUUGAGAUUGAGCGCCAUGACAGUUGUGCUUAUGAUUACCUGGAGAUCAGGGAUGGCAAUACUGAAUCCAGUACUUUAAUUGGUCGAUUCUGUGGCUAUGACAAACCAGAUGACAUAAAGAGCUCGACCAAUCAGUUGUGGAUUAAAUUUGUGUCUGAUGGUUCCAUAAACAAGGCUGGCUUCUCUCUUAAUUAUUUCAAAGAGGUAGACGAGUGCUCACGCCCUAAUAAUGGUGGCUGUGAGCAGCGUUGUGUGAACACUUUGGGGAGCUACAAGUGUGCCUGUGACCCAGGAUAUGAGCUGGGACCAGACAAGAGGACAUGUGAAGCGGCUUGUGGCGGUUUCCUGACUAAGCUGAAUGGCUCAAUCACCAGUCCAGGAUGGCCCAAGGAGUAUCCCCCAAAUAAAAAUUGUGUCUGGCAGCUGGUUGCUCCAACACAAUAUCGAAUCUCCCUAAGAUUUGACCAAUUUGAGACAGAAGGCAAUGAUGUGUGCAAAUAUGAUUUUGUGGAGGUUCGCAGUGGGUUGACGUCAGACUCCAAGUUGCAUGGAAAAUUCUGUGGCUCUGAACUCCCUUCAGUUAUUACCUCUCAGUACAACAACAUGCGCAUUGAGUUCAAAUCUGAUAACACAGUUUCAAAGAAAGGUUUCCGGGCUAAUUUCUUCUCAGAUAAGGAUGAAUGCUCCCGUGAUAAUGGAGGUUGUCAGCAUGAAUGUACCAACACAAUGGGCAGCUAUUCCUGUCAGUGCCGCAGCGGGUUCACCCUGCACGAGAACAAACAUGACUGCAAGGAGGCUGGUUGUGACCAUAAACUGUCAGGCAGCACUGGGAUUAUCUCCAGCCCCAACUGGCCUGAUAAAUACCCCAGUAAGAAGGUCUGCACUUGGCAAGUUACAGCCACACCGGGCCAUCGUCCCAGAUUGAUUGUGACAGAGCUGGAUCUCGAGUCCCACCAGGAGUGUCUCUAUGACCAUGUUGAGGUCUACUCUGGUACUGAUGCUCAGUUUCCUGUCCUUGAACGUUUUUGUGGAAGUAAAAUCCCAGAUCCCAUCACCGCCCCCAACAACACUUUGUUCCUGAAAUUUGUGUCCGACAACUCCGUUCAGAAAAAAGGAUUCCUUGCAGAGCUGUCAUCAGUGUGUGGAGGGACUCUGUAUGCAGAGGUUCGCACAAAGGAUCUGUAUUCUCACGCCAAAUUCGGAGAUGACACACAUCCUACAGCUACCGAGUGUGUGUGGCAUGUGGUGUCAGAACCUGGUUAUGGAGUAGAGCUGGUCUUCCAGAGCUUUGAGUUGGAAGAAGAGCCAGAUUGUGGAUAUGAUUAUAUGGAGUUGUACGAUGGGCCGGAUGAAGGAGCCCCCCGGCUGGGGAGAUACUGCGGGUCAGGGCCCCCCGAGGAGGUGUAUUCUGCAGGUGACUCCCUAACUAUCAAAUUUCAUUCUGAUGACACUAUUAACAAGAAGGGAUUUCAUGUGCGAUACACCAGCACCAAAUUUCAGGACACGCUGCACAAUCGGAAGUGAUAUCGUUAUGUUCUGUCAGCUGACUCAUGUGUAUCUGGGACCAUAACUGUAUAAGGAGACAACUUCUGAACUGCCAGACCCCAAAACCUGUUCAAUGGACAUGGGCUAAGGGACAUGCAAGAGUCUCAGGGAUGAUCAAGGAUGCAGACAUACGUUGGCAAUUUCAGAUGCUACCAGAUACCCAUUCUACAAAAAAGCAAAAUAAUCCUGAUAUACAUAAAUUCACACACUAACAUGUAUGGCACAAACCGGGUCCUUAAUUACACAUCAAUACCAGAACAAAUAGUACUGAUACACAAGUACUGCAUGAAUUGCUCACACUGAGUCUGUGCCAAAUGAUGGUUAAAUAUAUGAUAAUCCUCCUGCUUUUAAACUCUGACUUUUUGCUCCAUUAAUAAUUUUGCUUCACAUUUAACCAAUAAGGGCACAAGUGCUAUAUGGGAACCCUCACUUAAAUAUUCUUUCAUGCCUGUCCUCUUGAUUUGACCUUUUAUUUCAAACUAAUCCUUGAUAAUAGAAUAUUAUUUUCAAAGCUACACUAAUGCCAUUCUCUCUGUUUGCAGUCCUAAAAUUGGUUCUCUUCCAUGCCCACUGACUUCAAUCUUAUGAAUAUGUCUGAUCGCCUUUAAAACUGACUGCUGAUAUUUUAAUACCACUAUACAGAGAAGAAAGUAACCCUUUUUUCUUCUUUUUCUGCCAAAAGACAUUGCCUUUAUCCCUGAUACUUCCCAUUUAAAAGGCAAUGUUCUGUCUGAAGAGGUCUCCGAAAUAUCAAAGGUUUAGCUUUUCAAUGAAUGCACAAGUCUCAGUGACCAUGUCUGCCAGGAUUGUGUAAAAUAUGGACUCAUUAAAGAUGACCACCACUGUGAAUCUGAGUGUUGGGAGUGGUGUUGUGACUGCA